AUGGAUUUCACGCUGUCAGAUAAUCAUAGAGCCCGCGUGGAUGUACACGACUGGACUCGAGGAGCACUGUACGUGGCCGAUAUGAAAAUCGUGAAUGGAAGAAACGCGUACUCGGUCACGGUUCAUCAACGAGUCAUCGCAACAUGCGCACAGAAGACAGAAGCCGUCGGUCUUCUUUUUGACAAGCUAGACUCUCUCGGCCACGUUUUCCUCAGCAGCAAAAUGGGUCUUGGAAAGACCAAAACAUUCGCAGCAACCGUGGAGGCGAUGGCACGAGACAUUGAAUCUCGGGCCUCGCCUGGCGACGCGGUGUAUCUUCCUACUCUUGUGCUUAACCCCGUGCCCGCUAUUCAUCAGACGCGCGCCGAAUUCAAGCGCAAUUUCCCUGGACUGAACGUUGUCCUUUGUUACUCUGUGAAGUCACAGGUGCGUAAAUUCGGCGGAGCGAAUGUGGUAGAAAAGGGGCGCCUUCAACCACAUGAUGCGGCUCCUCAAGUGAGAAAAGGAUGA